AUGCCUGCUGCCAUCAGCCCCGCGGCGCCCGCCGGGCACGAGGCGCUGGAGAUCGCGGGCCGCAUCCUCGAUCGACAAAUCCAAGACGAUCGCUGCUACCCGGACUUGUCCGAGCUGCUGGCCGUGCCCGCGCCCGGUAGCCCUACUGUUUCUGGCAUGACAGAUAUGGAUUAUCCUUUGCAAGGUCCAGGCUUGCUGUCUAUCCCUAAUCUUCCAGAAAUCAGCUCGGUUCGCAGAGUCCCACUUCCCCCAGAGCUAGUGGAGCAAUUUGGACAUAUGCAAUGCAAUUGCAUGAUGGGAGUAUUCCCAGAAAUCAGCAGAGCUUGGCUAACAAUUGACAGCGACAUUUUUAUGUGGAACUAUGAAGAUGGUGGCGAUCUGACUUACUUUGAUGGCCUUAGUGAAACUAUACUUGCAGUGGGUCUUGUAAAGCCAAAGGGAGGCAUAUUUCAGCCUCACGUACGACACUUACUUGUUCUGGCAACCCCUGUGGAUAUUGUGAUCUUAGGGCUCAGCUGUGCAAAUACACAAGCAG